AUGAUCUCGGUAAAAGUAGCGCUCCUUGCGCUCCUGGCGCCUGCCGCCCUCGCCGCACCAACGGGUGUGAUCCGGGAAAUCAGAGUGGAUGCAGUGGAUCCAGUGGACGCAGUCGACAAUGUUGAGCCUCCGCCUCGGAACCCACUCGACCGGGUGCACGGAUACCCGGAGCGGCCGAUGGUGGCGCCGCUCAGUGUCGAGUCUGGCACGCAUGCUCUGGCCGCCAGGGACAACAUCUACGACCAGAUCCGACAGCAGGCGUUCAACGCCAAGACUCGCCAAGACAAACAGCAGCAGGAGGUUGACAAGGCUCAAGAUGCCUACAACAAGACCGUGGCCAACCCGGCCGCGUCCAACGCCGACAGGGAAAUAGCCCGGCAGAAGCUCAAGCAAGAGCAGGAUACACUGCAACGCAUGAAGGACGAAGAUCGCAAGGAACGAGCUCGACUGGAGAAGAUUGAGUGCAAAGAAGAGGGACUGAACCGGGAGCAGACGUGCCUAACGGAGCAGGCAUCCCUUCAGAAUGUCACUCAGGAUGCCGCCAAGCAGGAAUGUCAGCGACAGAACAAGCAGGUUGAACGUGAUUGUCGGGCUAGGAAGGGCUUGGUCGGAAACAAUAUACCUCUCGAUUUUGCUCCUCCUCCGCCUGGUCCUGGGGACAUUACCCCCCAGUCCGUGAAUCCCACCGGAGCUGACAACUCUCCCGUUCCUGUGAUCGUGACGCCACCUCUGGCCGAUACUUCUCCCGAUCCCCAGGCCGUUGCCCCUCAGUCAAUUCCACAGCCUGUUGCUCAGCCCGAUCCUCAGGUCGUUGCCCCUCAGGCCGUUGCUCCUCAGUCAAUUCCACAGCCCGUUGCUCAGCCCGAUCCUCAGGUCGUUGCUCCUCAGUCAAUUCCACAGCCCGUUGCUCAGCCCGAUCCUCAGGUCGUUGCCCCUCAGUCAAUCCCUCAGCCUGUUGCUCAGUCCGAUCCUCAGGUCAUUGCCCCUCAGUCAAUCCCUCAGCCUGUUGCUCAGUCCGAUCCUCAGGUCGUUGCGCCUCAGUCUGUUCCUCAGUCUGUCCCUCAAGCUCCUCAGCCAGCUUCUGAAUCCUCCGGCCAAUCCUCGAGGGGCUCUCCAAUCGUUGUCAAUCCCGCCCCACAAGCCGCUCAGCCCGCGGACCCGGCUCCUAUCAUCAUCAAUAACUCCCCUGCACAGGUCGCUCCUCAGACUGCUGGAAGCAGUCCGAUAAUAAUCACGCCACAGACUGGAGAAACUGCCCAGCAGAGAGCGGACCGAUUGGCCAGGGAGGCCGAGGCGGCGCGUCAGGCACAGGCAUCCAGAGACGCGCAGGCCGCCCGAGACAGCGAGGCCGCCAGGCUAGCACAGCAGCAGCAACAACAACAGCAACAAGCGGAUGAAGCCGCCAGGCGUGCACAGCAACAACAGCAACAAGCGGACAGGGACGCUGCCAAGAAAGCACAACAACAACAGCAACAAGCGGAUGAAGCUGCUAGGCGCCAGCAACAACAACAGCAGCAGCAGCAACAACAGCAACAAGCGGAGGCUGCUAGGCGCCAACAACAGGAGCAACAGCGGCAACAGCAGCAGCAACAACAACAAGCGGAGGCUGCUAGGCGCCAGCAACAACAACAGCAACAAGAACAACAACGGCAGCAGCAGCAAAGACAACAAGAGCAACAACGACAACAACAGCAGAGACAACAAGAGCAACAACGACAACAAGAACAACAACGACAACAACAGCAGAGACAACAAGAGCAACAACGACAACAAGAACAACAACGACAACAACAGCAGAGACAACAAGAACAACAACGACAACAGCAGCAGAGACAACAAGAGCAGCAACGACAACAAGAACAACAACGACAACAGCAGCAGAGACAACAAGAGCAGCAACGACAACAAGAACAACAACGACAACAGCAGCAGAGACAACAAGAGCAACAACGACAACAAGAACAACAACGGCAGCAGCAGCAGCAACAGGCCCAACGCGAGGCCUCUAGACGUCAACAACAGCAGCAGCCGCAGCCGCAAGCCGCUUCUUCCCGACAACCCUCGAGGCAGCAACAGCCUUCUAGCUUCACCCAAGCUCAGCAGAACCCGAGACCUCAGUCGAACCCAAGUCAGCAACAGCCUGCUAGGAUGCAACAGCCCACACGACCUCAGCAGAACUCAGGGCAGCAACAACCUGCCAGGACGCAACAGUCUACACGACCUCAGCAGGACUCCAAUCCCAAUAACGGACGGUCGCAGCGCAGGCAGUAA